CAUUUUGCGGGAUAAUUUUAAAGUUGUGUGGAGUGGAAUUUGGGAGAGCUCAGGGGGGACUCUACCUAAUUUACGUCACUGUUUUUGCCGUUUCCUAGCUAAUACCCAUGGAACCCUCUGAAACUGAACCCCAAAUUACAUCUUAGCAUUUUAUGGAGCGCUCUUAAGUGGACAAAGCGCACGGCUCACAGGUCUGCAGGAUAUGUGGUGCAGGUAUAAUUAUCCCCAUUUUACAGAAGAGGAAAUUGAGCCAGAGAGAUAAAAUGAGUUGCCCAUCCUGCACAAUGUAAGGCAAGAUUUUCAAGCAGGUUACCUGUUCUACGCUCCAGCCCCUCCGAAGAGCGGCCUUUUCUCCGGGAUUUUGUUAUUUCCAGCGGAUUUUUCCCUUCAGAUCUGAGUAAAGAAAAAAACCUAGGGAGAAAAGCCGCGUUUCCUUUAAUCAGUGCAAUCAGCCACCGUUUGCUCCAUCCCGGCCCCCUACCCCGUUCUCUAUGUAAGAACGGGGAGCUCAGAGACAGCUCUGCUCCCCUUGCACAGAGGUGUGGGAGAGGAGGCAAAUUUGGGGAGCAGCUACUUCUUCCCACCGGGAAGUAAUUUGCCGGCCUAGGCUGUCCUGACGACAGCGGAAGUCAAGGGCGAAGCUAGAACCUAUCACUCCCCGGCUCCAGAGAGGCAAGGGUGGAAGGGGGCGCAUCGCGGCUCAUUGUCUGUCCUGGGCGGGGGGGCGGAGCCUGGGGUUGAUAGAGGGGGCGGGGCUCCCGGGCGUUUGUUUUUCCUGGGCUGCCCCGCGAGCCCGGAGCUGCUGUGGUCGCUGGGAGUGGGAGGCGCGUGAGGUUUGGUGUGCACAGUGUUCCGGCCGCUGGAGCCCGGGAGCCGUCCGGGCUGAGCGCUGCUCCUCUGCAGCCGCCGCCGCCGCGAUGUCAGCCCCUUGCUGCGCAGGCCAGUUGGCUUGCUGCUGUGGAUAUGCUGGGUGUGCCUUGUGCUGCAAAUGUUGCCCCCGGAUCCGGCAGUCCAGGAGCACUCGCUUCAUGUACGCACUCUACUUCAUCCUCAUCUCUAUCAUCUGCUGCAUCAUGAUGUCCAGAACGGUAGCCACAGAAAUGCGGAAACAUAUUCCUUUUUUUGAAGAUAUUUGUAAAGGCAUUAAAGCAGGGGACACUUGUGAGAAGCUGGUGGGCUAUUCUGCGGUUUACAGAGUGUGUUUUGGAAUGGCCUGUUUCUUUUUUGUCUUCUGCUUAUUUACAAUCAAGAUUAACAACAGCAAGAGUUGCCGGGCCUACAUUCACAAUGGAUUCUGGUUCAUUAAACUUUUACUUUUGGUGGCUAUGUGUUCAGGAGCAUUCUUCAUCCCAGACCAGGACACAUUUCUGAAAGCAUGGCGCUAUGUGGGGGCUACUGGAGCGUUUCUUUUUAUAGGAAUACAGCUCAUCCUACUUGUGGAGUUUGCACAUAAAUGGAAUAAAAAUUGGACUGCAGGCACAGUUCAUAACAAAAUGUGGUAUGCCUUUCUGGCCCUGGUGACUCUUCUCAUGUAUACAAUUGCUGUGGGAGCGCUGAUCCUGAUGGCCUGGUUUUACACCUGGGAGGAAGGCUGCUUGCAGAAUAAAAUUUUCCUUGGUGUGAGUGGCGGCCUCUGCUUACUUAUUUCCCUGGUAGCCAUCUCGCCCUGUGUACAGAAUCGGCAGCCUCAUUCAGGAUUACUGCAGUCAGGCCUCAUUAGCUGUUAUGUCACUUAUCUCACCUUCUCAGCUCUCUCCAGCAAACCUGUGGAGACAAUUUUGGAUAAAAACCAGAAGAAUAUAACAAUUUGCUCACCUAACUUUGGCCAGGAAUUCCACAGAGAUGAAAAUCUGGUUACAGGUCUGGGUACCACCCUCCUGUUUGCUUGCAUCUUAUACUCUUGUCUAACAUCUACAACACGGUCCAGUUCAGAGGCUCUUAGGGGAAGAUACGCUGCUCCUGAACUGGAAGUAGCUCGUUGCUGUUUUUGCUUUGCUCCUGAUGGAGAAGCAGAUGUUGACGAAUCUGAUGGUCGGAGGGGAGGACAACAGGUCAUCUAUGAUGAAAAGAAAGGCACUGUCUACAGCUAUACCUACUUUCAUUUUGUCUUUUUCUUGGCCUCCCUUUAUGUGAUGAUGACAGUCACCAACUGGUUCAACUAUGAAGGUGCUCACAUUGAAAAAUUCUUCAGCGGAAGCAUAUCUUUCUUCUGGGUCAAAAUGGCAUCUUGUUGGAUGUGUGUUUUAAUCUAUCUGUGGACCCUCUUAGCACCUCUCUGCUGUCCUACUAGAGAAUUCUCCGUUUGAAAGAUCUGCAAGCCCUUAUCAACAACCGUCAUUCAGUUUGACCAGUCUGCCAACUAAAAGAUUGUAUUUUUUAAAAGGUUUUUUUUUUUUUUUAAUAAUAAUGUCAGUAAUGAUUGGAAUCUAAAAAACUCUCAUGAAGUUGCUAUAGCACCAGAUUGGCUCAACAGGGCUCAGGAGAAAAAAAGCAUUCGAUAAGGAUGUUUGGAUUAUAUUGAGUUUUUUCCCUGUGAAAUUGUGAAAGAAGCUACCAUUCACUAUGGGAAACAGUCGAUUUUUUUUGUAAUCUUAGAAGAAAGAACUGUUUGGAUCCACACUGAUCAUACAUAUGCUUUUGACUUUCAUAACCUUUUAUAAUAAAAUGAUGCCAUUAAGUUCAAAUUCAACAAAUAUUUAUCAAGUGCCUACAAUGUGCAGAGCACUAUACAAGGAUUUUGGUAGAAGUGUUGUAAAGAUAAGUAAGACAUGGUCCCGGCUUUCGUGAAUUGAAUAGUUUACUAGGUCUCACUUGACAUACACAAGUAACUAGUUGUAAUAUACCUUUCAGAAAGCAGGAUAUCAAAAGAUUUAGUAGUCUUUUUACAUUUAUUUUCAGUUUCUUUUUUUUUUUCCCCUUAGAAAUCUUGCUGGUAAAUCUGAAAGUUAUUAUUGUUGCAGCAGAUUUCUCUCCCUCCCCAAAAAUAGAGAUCCAGGGUUAAGGAUAUUUUUGUAAAGGAAAGUAGCCUGAAAUCUGUUUUCCACAUACAAAAACAUUUUAAGCAGCCUGAAGCUCAGUCUUUGGUCUUAUGUAUAACACUAAGAUGAUUUUUGUCCUUUGUUUCUGGGAUGAAGUAUGUUUGAAGCAUGGAGUUCUGGUCAUAUUCUUCAUAGUACCCAACUUCCUAAUAUUUAGGGAUUGAAAGAGGAAGUACUUACUCUCAAGGCAGGUGAAAUCUAUCUUUCAACACAGGUGAAAUGUAGUGAUUUUAAUUCUUUAAACAAAUCCCAGAGAUUUUGUUUAAACCUUUUUUUUAGUCUUGUUUUCCUGUGGACAUGUACAUGUCUUUCCCUGAACUUGUGAUGCUGGAAAUCACAGGUAUCAUUUAUUGUCUUCCUUGUUUUCCUGGGUCUCCUAACCUAUUCUCUGCCACUUGUUUAUUAUAAUGUGAAUAAGCACAAUUUAUUGACAAUAUGGUCUCACUUUUUCGUUAUUACUUGAUCAAGGUAUUGCAGUAAUCACAACUAUUAUUUGUGCUGUUGCAUACAUAAUUUUAGGAUAACUACAAAGUUGUCUUUUCUUCUAUCUAAACUAUGGAUAGAUGCUUAGAUAAGGGAUUUAAAAAAAUUGUAAGUACUUUAAUAAUAUUCUUAAAAGGGCUUAGAUCUCAAAAUUGCUUUUUUGGCUGAAACCUGCUAGGCAUAUGACUAUUUUUUUCUGUCCUUUCAAAUAAAUUUGAUGUUUCUGUGCCUAAGAAACAGCUUUGAUUAUGUCCCCUAAGCUAUUAGCACCUUUAUUAUUUCUAUGGGAUAUAUUAUGUCCCAAGCAAACUUUGGGACCAGAGUAAAGUAGGUCUGUUGUGAAUGUGACCCUUAGAUUCAAGAAAUUUGUAUUAUGGGAAAGGAUAGUAUUUGUCCAGUUUACAUACAGCAUCCUUGGGCAUUUAACAAGAUCAAUGCUUUAAGUUAUUUUCUGUAAGAAAUUGGAUUUCUAGCCAUUGCACAAGGAAGACUUAAUAAAAUCAGCUGAAACAGGUAACGUGAUCUGCUGGAUUACUCUGGGUGCUUUAUGCUAAAUCAUUCUUGCCCUAGAAAUGAGAGCUGGGGCAAGUGAAGAGCAGUGUUCAGAACAGCUUCAGGGCUCGGUCUAGGAGCUCUUUUUUCUCUCCUGUAAAUUGAGAGGACAUUCUAAACCAUGAGAUUUCUUAAUGAUGCUCUCAACCUUCCAAAUGAAAGUAGUUUUUUUAUGUGUAAAAGACCUAGUAAAUUGAAGUAACCUAAAACAUGCUAAAUGCCAGUGUUAGAAGUAAGCAGCCAGAUAAUUAAUCUAAUGGGAGCACAUACAUUCCAUUUCUUCUCUCUUCUCCAUCCAUAUUAUUUUCCUCUUCCCCCUCUCCCUCAACCCCAUUCCCCAGACUAUACUAAAAGAUAGAUUCUUCUAGAAGUGUUUGUAUCACAUACAUAACAUACAUAUAUGUAUAUGUGUGUGACACAUAUAUGAUACAUAUAAUAUAUAUGUGAUAUACACAGUUAUGCAUGUGUUUAUAUUGGCCACAGUAUUCAGUUUUUAAACAGUCAUGUUGAAUUUUUUCCCCUGUGAAAUGAUGAUAGAAACAAUUAUCAGUCAUCAUGGAAAGCACUUUUUUUCAUCUUAGAAGAAAGAUUUUUAAUCCAUAGUAAUUAUGGAUAAUAAUUAUGGAUAACAUUGUACGUAUGUUUGUAAAUUCCGUUACAUUUUAUAAUUAUGAAGUAUCACAGGAGCAGAGUAAAAAGGGGGAAAAAAUUAACACUGAAUGAUCACCAUGUUCUUUGGAUCCAUUUGGGGUCAUAACUUGAAGCAUUUAGAUUUAUACUAACUCUGGAAGCCUCUGCUUGCAUACAGCUUGGUAGCUUUGCAAAAAAAUCCAUAGUCAUGGUCAUUAUUUAUUGCCUCUAAGGCACCGUGUUGUCUGAGAGUCAGGUAGUUCAUUAGAUUAGGGCCUAGAUUGGAUAAGGUUUAGAAGCAGCCUGCAGUAGAAGUUAAAAGGAAUAAUUUGAACCUUUUUUGGAAGAGUAAGUUUUUGUUAUUGAUGGUGGUGGUAGUUUUAUUCUGUGAGGAGAAUAUUUCUUAGCUUUCUCUCACAUUCUUCCUUUCCCUGGGCAGUAAAGACCCUAUAAUCUAAAAUUGAGACAAAACCAAAAUUCAAACGGUAUCUUGAAACCCUUCAAUUAUUGUGUCUUGCUCAUUUGAGAGAGUAGUCCUUUUCCUCCAAGAACAUCCGUUGGCAAAAGUUCAGGGUACUCUUGGCCAAGGACCAGUUCAGAGGGACCAUGACCUCAUUUUGGAGAUUCCAUUAUCCAUCAGUCCUGUUCUAUUCCUGAGUGUGACUUCUGAAGAUUUGGUAUGUAGUACAUGACUUAAAAUCUGAGGUGCCAAAUGGGGAGAUUUAUAUGCUGCUGCUUUGGCCAUUGUUUAAUUUUUUCCCCUCUUUUUAAAAUUUUAAAUAUUUGCAUUGAUGCUAUAAACAUGAAGUUGAUGUGCCCAAAUAUUGGUGGCCUAGGGGACAUUUGUAGAAAUCUACCUUAUUGUAGUACUCAGAUGAGUCAAUAUGUAUGUAUACUUGUCUUUUUGUGUGCUAUGGGAUGUUGUGAUUCUGGUGAUAGAGAAACUGGAAAAAAAAAAAUCUGUGCCAAUAUUAGUUACCUAGUCUACUUUUGGUUGUUUGAACUCAAUCAUCUCACUGGCCUUUAUCCAAAAAAAAAAAAUGAAGCUUCCUAUGAAUAUUUAAAGAAAUUACUUUUAGGGAAUCUAUUUUGCAAGAUUUCCUCACUUGUAGAAGCUAGAAAAUGUCCUCAUUGCAAAAUCCCUUCAUUCUUUCUCACUUGAUGUUCAGAUUGUUGAAGAAUAACUCUUAUUUUUUUUUUCUGUCUGUUUUUAUGAUAAAAACACUAAGAUGGAAGGUCUUUGGGGAUUAUUGUAUAUAACAUAUAAGAAUAUUACAUUUGAUGACCAUACGUCCUUCUAGAAACCAGCCUAUAACAUAUAAGCUAUUAAAGGGUCUUACUCUAUAGAUCAUACUCUGUGCCACAUCCAGCAUUGCCUGACACAAAUUUUUCGUGUCAGAUUUUGGAAAUACAGAUUUUCUUUCUUUUUUUGGAGGGGGGGUGGUGGGAUAGGAGGAAAAGCUUGAGGAAACUUUUGCAGAAGAAUUGGGAACCAUCUUUUUUGGAGAAGUUAGGGAAAGGGUUAUGCAAUAUAGAUGGAUUGGGGGAGUGGGAUUUUGAGGAUCUUAGUUUCUGUGUCUAUGAAUAGGAGGUUUACUAGCCAGAGACUUCCAUUUUCUUUUUUCCUAGUCUCUUAGUGGAAUUUGUAAAGUGAGCAGCCAUGAACUUUGGGAUAGAAUCUCCCAAAUACCAUCUUUACCUUGCGUUAUAAAAUAUUCACAUGUUUUUUCUCCCACGAGUUAACUACACUGGUGCUUCAUGCUAUCCUAAGAAAGGAAAUUCCAGGGAUUGUAUAUAAACUGCUGUGGCUACUCUCUUUCCCCCUUUCCUUCUCUCUAAAUAAUGUCAAUUUGAUGCAUACUUGAAUAUAUAUGUUCUUUUUAAAUCAAAGAAUGUUCUCUUGUGAAAGGAAAGGAUGCAGUUUCAGGAACAUCAAGCCCAGGAAGAAAACUGGGUGGUAGGACCUUAGAUUGGAAGGACAGGGACAACUUGGGAUUUGAUCAUGAAUUUAUAGGCCACGUCCUGAAUUUAACCUUCCUGUAGUAUCAUUUGCUUUCUUUCCAUUGUCUUGGAAUCAUUAAGCUUUCAGCAGCUUUAAACUUAGUGCUAUAUUCUGGGUGCAAUUGGGAUCUUCUCUGGACCUUCCAUAACAUGAGACCCUAGGAGAGCUAUUCACAUAAAUUAUGGGAAAUAUUGUCCAGUCUGAAGUUUUCUUAUCAGCUCUCCAAAACUCCUCCCCAAAUGGAUGCUUAAUCAGAACCACAGAGGCAGUCAUUUUGGAAGAGAGGGGGGUAGUAUUUUAUUUUUAACCAAAGAGUCCCCUUUAAGAAUUUUUAAAAAAUCAGUCAUUUUGAUAAAUAACUUAAUGGAGAGAAACAAAAUGGGGUGAGAAUUCAAAUGUAGAUGAAGUUGGAUCUUAUUUAUAUGAGCAAAGUUUAAUGAAAGUAAAUCAAUAAGGUGAUCCUUUCUGGUGAAGGAGCCGUGGAAAUUCUUGCAGGGGAAGCUUGUGGCAGAUUUAUAAUAUAUGUCUUUAGAGGAUAUUUAUAAGAAAUUUAAGAGGAUGCUUUUUUUUUCUUCUUCAAUAAAGAUUGAAAUUUAACUUUAUUUACAAAAAUGGCUGCAAAAAAAGUUUUUGCAAUUUUUAAACUUUGGUGAUACGUUUUACAAGAAAUAUUUUAUAAAUGUUUUUACUUUCCUGAAACAGAGACUUUUUUUAAAAUGUAGUUUUUGGAAUGUUUUUACUUAGCUGUAGUCAAAUAAUGUGGACAUGUUUGCUAGAUUAGAGUUUGAGGAAUAAUUUGUAUGCUAAAUGUACCACUGUUUUGAAGUUUGUAUUGGCCUCCACUCAGGUGAGGGUUUAGCUUCUUACUGACAAUUGGAUUUGUAUGUGUUGGUUUCUUUUUUCUUUUCUUUUUUUAAGCCAAAAAAACUUCCCUGUUUUUAAUAGUGUCUAAAGCAGUCUUUUAUGUAUAAUACUUAGAAAUUACUAUGUACAGAAUUGAAUAAAGUUUAAAAUGUAAAAA